AUGUCUGUAGCUAUCAGAAAGAGAAGCUGGGAAGAACACGUGACCCGAUGGAUGGGACAACCUUUUAAUUGUGAUGAUUAUAACACAGCAUGUCAUCAUGGACUAGUAGCUGACAGCUUGCAGGCAAGAAUGGAAAAAGAUGCAACUCUAAAUGUGGACCGCAAAGAGAAGUGUGUUUCACUACCAGACUGCUGUCAUGGAUCAGAGCUGAGAGAUUUUCCUGGAAGGCCAAUGGGUCACGUUUCAAAGGAGGUGGAUGAAAAUGACAGCCAUGAAGGUGAAGAUCAGUUUCUGUCUCUGGAGGCCAGCACAGAAACACUCGUGCAUGUUUCUGAUGAGGAUACAGAUUCUGAUCUAUAUCUUACAGAUGAUAAACAGAUUUUAACUACCCAAGGGUGUAAAACAUCAAGCCAGCAUAGUGUCAAAGGAGCAGGCUCCUUAGUAAAUACACUGCCCAUCAUGGAAAGUAAGCAAGAUUCUUAUAACUCCUGGGGAGUGGCUGGUAAAGCUGAUUUAGCACUGGCAGAAGAAAGUGGGGAGAGAAAAGUUGUUAACACUCUAAAUAAAAGCCUGGAGCUUUGUAACAAUAUGAGCGUAAGUGAAAUAAAAGAUGCACCCCAAGUAAAUUCAUUCGAUACUUUGAAUGUGAAAGACAUUGUACCUGAGAAGCAAUUGCUUCAUACUGCCGUAAUUGCUCAGCAACGAAGGAAACCUGACUUCCCUGAAGAGGAACAUGAAAGAAACACCUGCAGUGUAGUACAAGAUGAGUUCUUGGCUAUUGCUUGUACAGACAGAGGACUGCCAUUAUUAAAAGCAGAUUUUGGAAGCUGUGUUCUGCAGCCUCCUUCCUGCCCCAGUGGAAUGUUAGCUGAAAAUGACCUGGAGAAGAGUGGCUUCUCAGAACAUCAAAACAAAAGUCCCCCAGAGAUCAAUGAAGGAGACCACAUGCAGUGUUUACACUUAGAGGAGAGUCUGGCCACGCAGGAACCUGCAAAUAACCAAGUCAGACUGCGCAGAAGAAAGGAAAUAAGAGAAGAUCGAGACAGGACACGGCUGGACUCCAUGGUGCUGCUAAUUAUGAAACUGGACCAACUUGAUCAGGACAUUGCAAACGCUCUCAGCACCAGCUCCUCUCCAUCCAGCACACCAACGAAUCUGCGGCGGCAUGUCCCUGAUCUGGAAUCAGGAUCAGAAAGUGGAGCGGAUACUAUUUCAGCAAAUCAGACACCAGUAAAUUUGUCUACUAACACCGAGUCCACUGACCUACCAUCUUCCAUCCAUGUGGCCAGUUCUGGAACCAAACCCAAGGCUACGAUGAUUCCAGGUAUUUCAGAGAAGGAAAAUGCUGAAAUCGAAGCCAAGGAAGCAUGUGAUUGGCUACGAGCAACUGGUUUCCCCCAGUACGCACAGCUUUAUGAAGAUCUCCUGUUCCCUAUUGACAUUACCUUGGUCAAGAGAGAGCAUGAUUUUUUGGACAGAGAUGCCAUUGAGGCUCUAUGCAGGCGUCUAAAUACUUUAAAUAAAUGUGCGGUGAUGAAGCUAGAAAUUAGUCCUCAUCGGAAGAGAAGCGAGGAUUCAGACGAGGACGAGCCUUGUGCAAUAAGUGGAAAAUGGACUUUUCAGAGGGACAGCAAGAGGUGGUCCCGACUUGAAGAGUUUGAUGUCUUUUCUCCAAAGCAGGACCCAGUUCCUGGGUCCCCAGAUGAGUCCCACCUACACGUGGCCAUGAGCCAUGAAAGCAUGUUGAGGGACCUCAGCGAGCGCCAGGAGGUGUCUUCCAUCCUCAGCCUCAGCAGCACCGGCAGCCUCCCCACGCACACGCCCGGCCGCGGGGACGCCGCCACACCCCGGACUAGCUCCAGCAUUAGCGUCUGCUCCUCUGGCAACGUGGUGGGCAAUGAUGACUCUUUCUGCAGCCUGCCCUCUCCCAAGGAACUGUCCAGCUUCAGCUUUAGCAUGAAAGGCCAUGAGAAGAACGCCAAGUCCAAGACGCGCAGUCUGCUGAAGCGGAUGGAGAGCUUGAAGCUCAAGGGCUCCCACCACAGCAAGCACAAAGCGCCCUCAAAGCUGGGGCUGGUCAUCAGCGGGCCCGUCCUGCAGGAGGGCGUGGACGAGGAGAAGCUGAAGCAGCUGAACUGCGUGGACAUCUCUGCCCUCAAUGGCAACCACAUCAACGUCCCCAUGGUACGAAAGAGGAGCGUUUCCAACUCCACGCAGACCAGCAGCAGCAGCAGCCAGUCUGAGACCAGCAGCGUGGUCAGCACGCCCAGCCCUGUCACCAGGACCCGCAGCCUCAGCGCCUGCAACAAGCGGGUGGGCAUGUAUUUAGAGGGCUUUGAUCCUUUCAAUCAGUCGACAUUUACCAACGUGAUGGAACAGAACUUUAAAAACCGUGAGAGCUACCCAGAGGACACAGUGUUCUACAUCCCCGACGAUCACAAGCCCGGCACCUUCCCCAAGGCCCUCUCCAAUGGCAGUUUCUCCCCCUCUGGGACGAACAGCUCUGUGAACUGGAGGACGGGAAGCUUCCACGGCCCCGGCCACAUCAGCCUACGGAGAGAAAACAGCAGCGACAGCCCGAAGGACCUGAAGAGACGCAAUUCCUCAAGCUCCCUGAGCAGCCGCCUGAGCAUCUACGAUAACGUGCCGGGCUCCAUUCUCUAUUCCAGUUCAGGUGACCUUGUUGACCUGGAGCACGAGGACAUCUUCCCUGAGCUGGAUGACAUCCUCUACCACGUGAAGGGGAUGCAGCGGAUAGUCAACCAGUGGUCAGAGAAGUUCUCAGAUGAGGGAGACUCUGACUCGGCCCUGGACUCGGUCUCUCCUUGCCCGUCCUCUCCAAAACAGAUACACCUGGACGUGGACCACGAUCGAACCACCCCCAGUGACCUGGACAGCACAGGAAACUCCCUGAAUGAACCCGAAGAGCCCUCCGACAUCCCGGAACGGAGGGAUUCCGGGGUUGGGGCUUCCCUGACCAGGUCCAACAGACACAGACUGAGGUGGCACAGUUUCCAGAGCUCUCAUCGGCCAAGUUUAAACUCUGUAUCGCUGCAGAUUAACUGCCAGUCUGUGGUGCAGAUGAAUCUGCUGCAGAAAUACUCGCUCCUGAAGUUAACGGCCCUGCUGGAGAAAUACACGCCUUCUAACAAGCAUGGUUUCAGCUGGGCUGUGCCCAAGUUCAUGAAAAGGAUCAAGGUUCCAGACUACAAGGACCGGAAUGUGUUCGGGGUCCCUCUGACGGUCAAUGUGCAGCGCACAGGACAGCCCCUGCCCCAGAGCAUUCAGCAGGCCAUGCGCUACCUCCGCAACCAUUGUUUAGAUCAGGUUGGGCUCUUCAGAAAAUCAGGUGUCAAAUCCCGGAUUCAGGCUCUGCGCCAGAUGAAUGAAAGUGCCAUCGACUGUGUCAGCUAUGAAGGACAGUCUGCCUAUGACGUGGCAGACAUGUUGAAGCAGUAUUUUCGAGAUCUUCCUGAGCCACUCAUGACGAACAAACUCUCAGAAACCUUUCUGCAGAUCUACCAGUAUGUACCCAAGGACCAGCGCCUCCAGGCCAUCAAGGCCGCCGUUAUGCUCCUGCCUGAUGAGAACCGCGAGGUCCUACAGACGCUUCUUUAUUUCUUGAGCGAUGUCACAGCAGCUGUAAAAGAAAACCAGAUGACUCCCACCAACCUGGCCGUGUGCUUAGCGCCUUCCCUCUUCCACCUCAACACCCUGAAGAGAGAGAAUUCUUCUCCAAGGGUGAUGCAAAGAAAACAAAGUUUGGGCAAACCAGAUCAGAAAGAUUUGAAUGAAAACCUAGCUGCCACUCAAGGGCUGGCCCAUAUGAUUGCUGAGUGCAAGAAGCUUUUCCAGGUUCCUGAGGAAAUGAGCCGAUGUCGUAAUUCCUAUACCGAGCAAGAGCUGAAGCCCCUCACUCUGGAGGCGUUGGGACGUCUAAGUCAUGACCAGUCAGCUGACUACCAGCACUUCCUGCAGGACUGUGUAGACGGCCUGUUUAAAGAGGUCAAAGAGAAGUUUAAAGGCUGGGUCAGCUACUCCACUUCUGAGCAGGCCGAGCUGUCCUAUAAGAAGGUGAGUGAAGGACCCCCUCUGAGGCUCUGGAGGUCAACCAUCGAAGUCCCUGCCAUGCCUGAGGAAAUCUUAAAGCGUCUCCUGAAAGAGCAGCAUCUCUGGGAUGUAGACUUGUUGGAAUCAAAAGUGAUUGAAAUCCUGGACAGCCAAACUGAGAUUUACCAGUAUGUCCAGAACAGUAUGGCACCUCACCCUGCUCGGGACUACGUUGUUUUGAGAACAUGGAGGACCAACUUACCCAAGGGGGCGUGCGCCCUUUUGCUCACCUCCGUGGACCACGAUCGGGCACCGGUGGCAGGUGUGAGGGUGAAUGUGCUCUUGUCCAGGUAUUUGAUCGAACCCUGCGGGCCAGGAAAAUCCAAACUCACCUACAUGUGCAGAGCUGACUUACGGGGCCACAUGCCAGAGUGGUACACAAAGUCUUUUGGACAUUUAUGUGCAGCUGAAGUUGUAAAGAUCCGUGAUUCCUUCAGUAAUCAGAACGCUGAAACCAAAGACACCAGGUCUAGGUGA